UGAUAUUAGCCCGGUUAUUUUGACGAAUCGACCAGUUUGUCUACAGUCCGUGGUUCUCACAGACCUGCACACGUUUUUAAUUUGACCUUUGCCGCUUCCUGAGUUUCAAUCGGACGCUUGUUCGCGUCGUCCCGGGUCCCUGGUUCAUACGUGCACAUGUGCUUAUUGUCACUUCAGGGCGUGCCACCUCUCAGAAGGGCAAGUUUUCUUUAGAUGUCCAGAUCACGUUGCCAUGUUCCGCCCAAACCUCUACCGCUGUCGUUUUCUCGUGGUAGUCUUCCCUCUGACGGGUCAUCAGUCCUCGUUAUCCUCUUUGAAACGAAUCCGCUGCUAUGGAGCGGCCUUGGCGGGAGGUUGGACGGCAAGGAAAGCUUCGAUGAAACGCUGAGACAGCUUCUGGUUUACAUGAUUGGAUUUCUCUCGCUUCACGAACAGAACAGGGUUGUUAUCAUCGCCUUGCAUUCCAACGUCGAACAUUGCAUGUACGCGAUACCUACACUAGCGAGUGGUGAGAAUGACCUUACGAAUACAGGUAGUAAGAGUGAUUUGUGUGCCCAGGUUAUCUCAAAUUUGGCAACUUUGGCAAUGCGAAUGCGAAGUGACUUCGACUUAAGUACGAAGUCAAAUAUGCCACUGACGACGGUAAUCUCGAUGGCUUUAUGCUGUGUUAACCGGGCACGGGUCUACAAACCUCACUGCUCUCCUCGCAUAUUAUGCAUACUUGGGUCUCAGGAUUCUUCGGGCCAGUACUUCUCAGGAAUGAACGCUAUCUUUUCAGCAAAAAAUUCUGGUGUUCGGAUUGACGCGUGCUUGCUUGGAUAUACAGACUCAUUUUUUCUUCAGCAGGCCGCGCAAAUAACUGGUGGUUCAUAUUGCAUGCUUCAGCAGGGUGAGAAAGCGUUAUACUACUUGCUCAGUGAUUUACCUGGAAGUGAAUCCAUUCGGGCGAAGCUACAGUCGCCGAGGAAGUUUUGUUCGGAAUACCAGGCAACUUGCUUUUGUCACGAGGUAAACCUUCAAGUUGGAUUUGUGUGUUCAGUCUGCCUCACCAUAUUUUGCGAAAGAUGCCGAAAAUGUUUAGCAUGUUUCGCAGAUUACACUUAGCUGUAUAGUAGAAACAUUGUUAUAGCAUUUUGAAUGCAGCUU